CUGGCUCAGCACUGUUUCCAUUUACACAACUCUGUGUGUAAUCCAUCCUUCAUCCAGUUCUCUAUCAAGGUACAAAUGCACUCAGGUUUAUCAGUGUUUCGGGUCAUUUAAGUGCCGGUUAACGCGAGCCACGGGCCCGUUCUUUUACCUGAAGACUUUCCCUGAGACACCCACCAACUAUCCAGCAGUAGGCGCAGUUACUGCGUCCCAAGACUGUUCAAAUCCGACGUGCUUCUCCUCUUCAGCCAGCAGGGGGCGCAGGAUUCGACAAACUGCUUCCACGUUUGUCUCAUGCUAAUGACGUCAGUGUCAAGAUGGCCGCUCUCAGUGAACACUUCACGUUGUGCGGACUUCUUACCGAGGCCGAUGACGGUAGAACCGAGAUACUUGGAGUGGAACCCGCGGGGGAGCCAGAUAGGGUGUUAGUGACGGACUCUGUACAGGCUGUAACUUUGUAUAAGGUUUCUGAUCAGAAACCACUAGGAGCUUGGGCAGUAAAACAAGGACAAAGUAUCACCUGUCCAGCUGUAUUGAAUCAUGAAUCGGGAGAAUUUGUUGUGGUUCAUGAUGGCAAGGUUUUAAGAAUAUGGAAAGAAGAUAAUGUAAAUUUGGAUACUGCUUUUAAAGCCACGCUCUCGGCUGAUGUCUGUCGAAUUCACACUCUCCCUAACGCUGAUCCGCUUGUGCUGUUUAAAGGAGGAGCCGUUCUCUUCUUAGACUCAUUACUCGCUGACCCCCAGCAGGAAAUUGGAAACAUUCUGUCAGAUGGAGAGAGAAUUGUGUGGUCAGAGAUCUUUGCGGAUGAAGGACAACCUCUCAUAGUCUAUGUUACACAGCAGCUCUCCAGUUAUUUUGUGUAUAUUCACAAUUUCAGCCCAGUUUGUGUUUGUAAAUAUCACCUUAAACCAAAUACAGAAGGUUCCACUAUCCUGGACUGUUCUGGGUCCGUGAAAAGUAAAAUAUUCACUCUUCUAACUUUGUACUCUAGCGGACAAGUUUGCCAGACUCCAUUUCCAGUGUCACCCAUUGAUCAGGAAACGGAAAGGGUUGUUACAGCAUUACCACUGUUGCAACUGUCUGGACCGAUAGAAGUGGGAGCAUUAAAAUUCCUUGAUGAAUCCCAUGUAGCAGUGCUUAUGCAAUCUCCAUCCACACAAAAAGACUGUCUCUCCAUAUGGAACACCACAUUCCAGACAUUGCAGACUGCUUGUAACUUCCCACAGAAGACAAGCGCACAGCUAUGGUGCAGUGACAAUAAACUAUAUGUGCCCCAUGGGAAGGCCCUGGUAGUGGUUCCAUAUAUUUGUGAAGUGUCCUGCUUGGCAUCUGUUCUGGGAAAAAGCAGAAAUAUCGAGACAUCAGAAAAUGUUCCUUUUGUUAAUUGGGGCAAACUUGUAGGAAAGAACCUGGAAGUCAAACAGUCAAAUUCUGGUGCUCGGAAAAAAACCAGGGAUAUAAAAACAAAUGGAAAUCCAGGAAACGGCACAGAAUGCACAUUGUACCCCUUGGAUGUUCAGAAUAUGUCUCAAGCACAGACUGAAGUUCUUGUGCAGCAACUACUCCUGGGCAAAGAAGACACAGAUUUUCAGGUCACUGUUGGCAAAAUAACCCAGAGUUUGGUAAAGCAUUGUAUGGCUGAUCCCAAGUACUACCCACAGAGUUCUCUUGUGCAGCUUGUUCAGACAAAAACACUGUCCUACAGUCUGUGUCCUGAAUUAUUGUCACUCUGUCUGGAGAAGAGGGAUGUGCACCUACUUCAGCUCUGCUUGCAUUCUUUCCCUGAUGUCCCAGAAGCUGUUCUCUGCUCAUGCCUUAAGGCCUUUUUAAGUAUCAGUGAGAAAUGGUUGAAUGCUGCACAAAUUGACACGGAGUCAGUCACCUUAUAUAUUGAUGUGAGAGAUAAGGCCAAAGGACACAAAUAUAUGGAGCACCAAGAAGAACCGACUGUGGUACAGAAUGGCUUUAGCCCAACUGCUCUGGACGAAGACAGCUGUGGUGAACUUAUAGCAGAGAGUUUGCCACAAACCGUUCAAAUGGCAACUUGCCCAAUGAGCAAUAAAAGAGCUGUACUAGUAAACUCCGUUCUGAUGUCUCCUUACAGUGAGAGCUUUCUUCUGCCACAUCUCAAGGAUAUGUCAGGUGACCAAGUGAUGUUUUUUCUCAGGUAUUUGCAGUACUUGUAUCAGAUAUGCAAUGAAAAUAUAACAGUAAGCCUUCCAGGAAAGCAAGUACCCACGGUCAGCCAGAUCAUGGACUGGAUGAACCUGUUAUUGGAUGCACAUUUUGCCACUGUGGUGAUGCUGUCAGAGGCCAAGUCACUGCUUAAUAAAAUUCAAAAGACUGUGAAAAGCCAGCUGAAGUUUUAUUCAGAACUGAACAAGAUCGAGGGCUGUUUAGCAGAGCUGAAAGAACUGAAGUGCCCGGCAAGUGUCUCCGCCAGAUAUUCUAUAGAAGUUCUCAAACUCUACUAAUAACAUGGACAGCUCUGUACAGAUUUGUUUUUAUUUCUUUGUAAGAAACUGAAAUAUAUUUCCUACUAUUUUCGCAUAUCUUUCCAUUUCCAACUACUCUGUUAUUGCUUUCAGUUGCCCUGAUUCGGUGGCCUUCCUGCAGCACACAUGUAAAUGUCACCAUGAACUCCUGUCCGGCUCUUUGUGUCAUGUUCACUUGAUAAAGAGUUAUUUGCUGCACAUGUGUUUUUGUGUUGUACUGGUUGAAGUCAUAGCAAGAAUCCUAGUUAUAAAGCCUUUAUUGGUAUCUCAUGGCUCAGAUCUCUGACAACAAAUACGUCUCAGGGCCAAACACACCUUUUUUCAAGUUACUCAUAUACACAUAGUCAUGCAACUUUAUACGUUUACAGCUCCACCUACAGGCAUAUCCAAAACCAGUUCGAAAUGAAAAAAAAAAAGAAAUAAAAUUAGAUACAAUAUUACUUUUCAACAAAAUAUCCUUAUGUUUUUAUCUUUCGCUUGUUACAUUUGUCCAAAUAUAAUCUUUAAUUCCGUAACAGAAAUCAUAUUCCCAAUUAAGAGCAUAGGGAUCCCAUCCCUUAGCAGUCCCCGAUGUUUACGGAUGAUUUUAGAAACUUCAUGGCUAACCGUGCUGUAUUUAUAUGCAAAACGUAUUCACUUCAAAUCGUUUCCUGGACUGAGAAGAGAACUCAACACCGAAACCCUCAAUGACUGACUUUUGUUGUUUUAGGAGGGUCACCGUGUACCCCCUCUAUAAAAUAUUUUCAUUUCAUCUAGCCAUUUAGUUAGUACCAUCACAACUGACACAAUCCUCUUUACCCGGACAAAUUGGUAUUUGGGUAGUGAUUUCCUUGUGUGAACCGAAGCAAUGUUUUCUUAUCAGUUGAUUUUAAAAGAUCGGUAAUUAGCCCUCCAUCCCUUUUAAUCACAAAGGUAUCCAAAUAGCAAACAGUAUCGAUAUAGCGGAACCAUAUUGUAUAAUAUUGUUGAAACCACUUGUUUGAGUGUAGAAAUUUAAGCUCAAAAUAGUUCAUGAAAAUAUUCGCAUAGGAUGGGGCCACAGUGGACCCCAUCGCUAUACCUCUUAUCUGCAUAUAAAAAUGUUCUUGAAGCAUGAAAUAAUUAUUAUAAAGGACUAAUUCCAAGCAUUGCAGCACAAAACCCUUAUGUGAACCAAACAUAGUGGUAUCGCAUGCAAGUUUGACGCAGACGGCCUCCACACCCCCAUUAUGUGUAAUGGAGGUAUAGAAGCUCUCCAUGUCAAGUUUGAUCAGAAUUGCAUGCUAUUGAACAUUUCUAAACUCUCUUAAUUUCAAUAAAAAAAAACAUUUGUAUCUUUUAAA